ACCUUCAGUGCCGUGUGUUGAAUCUUCCUCAAUCACUUGCUCAAUAUCCGCAUUAAAUCCAACAACUAACACCCUUUCCACAUCCUAUCAUCGUUGUUAUCUCCUUAAUCGGUUCUUGGUUUGACAUUUCGUCGAUUUCGAUCGGUUUUUUGCGUUUUCCGUUGAAAUUUGUGUUGAAAAAUGAAGGAAACUGCUCAAAAUCCUCUGCAUCUCAAGUCUUUGAAUCACAUCUCGCUCGUAUGCCAAUCGGUCGAAGAAUCUAUUGAUUUCUAUACUAAUGUUCUCGGUUUUGCCCCAAUUAGAAGGCCUGGAUCUUUUGAUUUCAGCGGUGCAUGGCUAUUUAACUACGGAAUCGGGAUUCAUCUAUUGAAAUCAGAAAAUCCGGAUAAUAUUCCGAAGAAAAGUGAAAUAAAUCCCAAGGAUAAUCAUAUAUCCUUCCAGUGUGAGAGCAUGGGAGCCGUGGAGAAGAAGCUGAAGGACAUGGGAAUAGAUUACAAGAGACAGAGGGUUGAAGAAGGUGGAAUCUACGUGGAUCAGUUAUUCUUCCAUGAUCCAGAUGGAUUCAUGAUCGAGAUAUGCAACUGUGACAACCUUCCGGUGAUCCCUCUCGCCGGAGAUAUGGUCCGAUCAUGCUCACGUCUCAACUUAGAGAUCAUUUCUCAGCAACAAAUACAAACAUUUGUUCAACUGUAAGCCAGUAUGAUCUAUCAUUUCUUGUCGUCAAUGUAUUACCUUGUAAACUUCAAGUUGGAUUGUAGAGAUUUCUUUGCUCUUCUGUCGUUCUUCAUGUUUUUAAGUUUAUUAAUCGAUUUAUGUGGUUUUCGAGGGUUCUUGAAUAAAUUUGGUCUGGAGACAACU